AUGGACACUCUGCUGGAGGAAUCUUUCUUGCCUGUGAACACAGUAGAGGACAAGACUCGAAUGAAGUUCGAGGAACAAAUCGAGUAAGUUGAUAUUAACAAAUCAUCGUCCUAAAUGUAACAUAAAAAAACUAUUAUUAAUGAAAUUCGAUUAGUCCAACAAUCUGUUAUUAACUCAACUCUCUCUAAUUUUCGCAUUUUACGCACCCUCUUUUACUGAUCCUGAUGAUGUUUAGAUUCUUCCCAACAUCUUUUCCGCUAUCUUGUUCCCUAACCUUACCUGACCCUGUCAUCUAUAAUUAACCUAUAGUCUUAUCACUAAUUGUACCUAAAUUACCCUGUAAUUAGAUGUAAGACGUAACUAACGUUUUAGUUAGUAAAUAUCAAUGGCAAUCGUCACGUUUGUAUGCGUCUGUCUCUUCAUUUUCAGAUGGAACUCCAAAGCUUACACUAUUGUGUUCGAUGUCUACAUGGUCUGGUUUUGGAUAGACGGGUAUUUCUUUUACAGACGCGGAAAAUUGAAAUUCUGGACACCUUACGAUUACUCAUCAUCGCUUUUCUUUCUUGCUAGCUUUAUCCAUGAAAUCCUAGCCACGAUAUUCAGCACGAACUUAAACGUCGUCUACGAUUGUUUCUUCAGCGGUAUAAUGCUUCACAUUUACAGGCAAUUCGAGAUCCUCGAACACCGUAUGAAGAACAUCACGACGGAUAAUAAUUACUCGGCGAAACUCUGCGCUUACCAUCAUUAUCGUAUACACAAAUUCGCCACGAUGGUGAAUGACAAUUUCAAAACGAUCACGUCUAUGCAAUUCCUGAGUCAUAUGCUUCAAUCUCUAUCGGCUGUCACUGAUGAAAAUUAA